ACUGUCAGGCUUAAGCCAAAGCAAAGGCAAUUUCGCGUUAAAGACUGUAUCUUUGCUGUAUUUUCCAUGGCGUUUUCUUCGAAACCCCUUUGUACCGUCCAAAUUUCUCCUUUAUAUACAAUUCUCCACAACCCCUUUUCUUCAUCAAUCAAUUUUCUGACCAAUUCCAACUUUUAUUUCUUCAAUGGCUACUUCAAGAAAAUCCAAUUUUAAUGAUUUUUUGCCUCUUAUGGCUGAAAAACUUGGUGGGGAUGGUUUAAUUGGUGAGCUGUGUAAAGGGUUUCAGCUAUUGAUGGAUAGGGAUAAAGGGGUUAUCACAUUUGAGAGUUUAAAGAAGAAUUCAGCUUUGUUAGGGUUACAAGAUUUGAGUGAUGAUGAUCUUAAGGGUAUGGUUAAAGAAGGGGAUUUUGAUGGUGAUGGAGCUUUGAAUCAGAUGGAAUUUUGUGUUUUGAUGUUCAGAUUAAGUCCUGAGUUGAUGGAGGAAUCUCAGUUUUUGUUAGAUGAAGCUCUUCAUCAAGAAUUCAACUUUUCAUUAGCUUUGAUUACCCUUCUGAUGCACUGUUAUCUGGAAUGAAGCUUGGAUGGGAUUUACAAACGGUCUUAAUAGACAGCUCUCUUCGUGGAGGAACUCAGAUGACAAUUUCCCUGGAGAACUAAGUAUGGGAUAGAGCUCCAUGAAUAUAGGGCUCUAGGAAGUACUUCCGCGGUGGUCCAUGGACUGGAGAGGGAUGUAGUGGUGCUCCUGAAUUAAGGUUGAAUCCGGUAUUCAACUACAGCUUCAUAUCUAACAACAAAGAAGUGUACUACACCUACCAACUGAAGAACAAGUCUGUUAGAACGUGGGUUGAAGGGAGACCCCUCGAAUCAGCUGAUUCCUCAUUUGAGGACUCGAGCUCUAUGCUAUAGAUAUUGAGGUGCAUUAACGUCAGUAUGUUAUGCGUCCAGCAGAGUCCAGAAGACAGUCCUAGUAUGUCAGCCAUGGUUCUGAUGUUGAAAUGGAGAGAGUUCACUACCACAGCCAAAACAGCAUGGAUUUCUGUUAGAUGUGAUACCAACUGAGUUUACUAGUAGCAGACCUGAUUCUUGCACUGCAAAUGGAAUUACGUUUUCGUCUUUUGAAGCUCGAUAAGCUGACCUCUAACAACAUCCUCCAUUUAUUACCAUUAUUCUUGGCUUAAAUGAAGCAACAUGGACAAUGAAGAUUCAUAUAACCGACCUCUACUUCCUUGGGAUUGACGCGUAGUUGUUGUUUGUUAUUGUUGGUUUUCAUUGUGCAUUUGGCCACUUAUAUUAUAUAGGAAUUCUAGUCAUUUCUUGGUAAUGUGAAAUAAAGGAGGACACAAUACAUUUUUGGACCUUUAAAGCAUAUAAUAUUCUUCUUUCUUGUUCCA